AGAGGAGGAGGGAAGGAGAGCAAGACAGUGAGCUUCAGAGCGAAAGAGAGGGAGAGGACAGGCAGGAACCAGAGCCAGGAUUAAAGAGAGGGAGAGCACGAACACUCAACAAGAUAACAGGAGAUACGCGUGGGAACAGCAGCCCACUGGAAAAGCAGAAUCACAGAUAGAGGCAGAUCAGGGGAGUCGGUGUGUGCAGGACCAGCGUGUCAGAGCCGGUGGGUCUGUCUGUCUGUGUGUGUGUGUGUGUGUGUGUGAGAGAGGCAGCUCGGUGUGUUUCCACGGUUCUCCUGAGGCCGUGGCAGCCAUGGCGUCUGAGCCCAGCACCCAGUCCAGGGUGAUGUUCCAGGCAACGGACAAAACAGAGGAGCCGGCGCACCGAAAGCUGGGCAAGCUGACAGUCAAAUACAACCGCAAGGACCUGCAGAGGAGGCUGGAUAUUGAGGAGUGGAUCGACGGGCAGCUGCACCUGCUGUUUGACUGUGAGGAGGAAGAGAUCCCAGAGUUAGAGAUUGACAUAGACGAGCUCCUGGAGCUGUCAGAUGAAGGGCAGAGAACCCGGCUGCUGGAAUUGUUGCAGGAAUGCGGCAAGCCAAAAGAGGAUUUUAUUAACGGGCUGCUCUACAGGAUAAAAGGUUUACGCAAAAUGUCUGGUCCCUUGAAGAAAUAAUUAUAGGUCAAAUUACCAAUCGAGACAAUGGAGCCUCUUCUCUUCCCAUCUCCCACGCAUUAACCAUUUGGAUACCGGUAUGAGCGGUUCACGUGUCCGAGGGAAUCUUUUCCAGCCCUCUGCCUCCUUCCCGGGUCAACAGCAGACUAACACCACAGCAGUGGGUUUUUGAAUUGAUUUUUUAUUAGUAUUAUUAUUAUUAUUUCACUUUAAUUUAUGGACUGCUAGAACAUUUUGUCUCCCAUUAGCAUACCAAUAAUGUACAUGUGAUAAAAGCUGUACUAUUACUCAGUUGGACUGUUUUUUUGUGCAAGACUGUACAUUUUCCAUUGCCUAUUUAUGUACAUAAAUAUUUUGUUCAGAUGACAGUGUUGUCGAAAUAAAAUUCAACAUUUUCAAAACAA